CCGCGGGGGGCAGGGCCCUCAGCCUCCGCGCCGGCGCCGACAGGGCGAGCGCCCCUCCUUCUCCUCCCCCGAAGUCCGCAGCGGCGGCGGCGUCCAGAUCCCGGAGCCUCAGCCGAACCGGAGCCGAGCGGGUGGCGGCGCCAUGGCGUGCGCGGGGCUGCUCACCGUGUGCCUGAUCCGGCCGCCCGCGCCAGGGCACCCGCGGCCCCCGGCGCCCGCGCCCGCCGCUGGGCCCGCCGGACACGCGCUGUUCCAGGACGUUUUCCGCAGAGCAGACAAGAAUGAUGAUGGUAAGCUCUCGUUUGAAGAAUUCCAGAAUUACUUUGCCGAUGGGGUUCUCAGCCCAGGAGAGCUGCGGGAGCUGUUCAGCAGCAUUGAUGGGCGUCCCACUGAGGACCAGAGGAUGCCUGGGGACAGCUGGGCCCCGCCUGCUGCCACCAAUGGAUGCAGCAAUUUGGAAACGGAGAAACUGUGUGACUACUUCUCAGAACGACUGGGCGUCUACCGGCCUGUGCUGGCUGCGCUGGAGUCUCUGAACUGUGCAGUUCUCACUGCCAUGGACACAACCAAGCUGGAGUAUGAGCGGGCCUCCAAGGUGGACCAGUUUGUGACACGCUUCCUACUGCGAGAGACGGUGAGCCAGCUCCAAGCCCUGCAGAGCUCUCUGGAGGGGGCGUCAGACACCCUGGAGGCCCAGGCCCACAGCCUGCGGUCAGAUGAUGAGAGGGUGUUGGUGCAGAACAGGCCCGGUGGCAGCCGGCGGGCAGGGCGCAAGGCCCUGCGGAGCGUCAGUCGGUCGCCCACCUGGUCUCCUGGCUCCUCUGACACAGGGCGGAGCUCAGAGGCCGAGAUGCAGUGGCGGCUCCAGAUCAACCGUCUCCAGGAGCUCAUUGACCAGCUCGAGUGCAAGGCUCCCCGGCUGGAACCCUUGCAUGAAGAGGAGUUUACCAAGGGGCCCAACUCGCACAUCCUUGUGGCCCAAAGGCAGGUACAGGUGGCUGAGGCGGCCCUGCAGGACUUCCACCAUGCCCUGUGCUGCUAUGUGGACUUCACAGGGGCCCAGAGCCAUUGCCUGCAUGUGUCUGCCCAGAAGAUGCUGGACAAUGCCUCCUUCACCCUGUACGAGUUCUGGCAGGAUGAGGCCUCUUGGAGAAGGCACCAGCAGUCCGCCUGCAGCAAGGCCUUCCAGCGCAUCCUCAUCGACCACCUGCGGGCUCCAGACACCCUCACCACUGUGUUCUUCCCAGCCUCCUGGUGGAUUAUGAAUAAUAAUCGAGCCUGACUUGCAUAACCAAGGACCCUCCUUCUGGAGCUUCUGGACUGGUCAGCUCAGCUCGAGACCAAGGACACUGCUGCCUCCUAUACCUGGGGCCUGGCUCUCAGUGGCCUCCCAGACCCACUGGUGGAGAAUCUCAGUCCAGGGAUCAGAGACUGGGCUCUUGCUUCUAUUUCUUCUUUUAUCAGUGUAUUUUAUUGUUUGUAGCUUUGGUCUCUGAGGCACUCUGGCCUCUGCCUGGCUCAGAAGGCCUGGAUUCUGGUCCCCUCUGACCCUGCCUUGCUGCGUGACCCAGGGCAAGUCCCCUCUCUGAGUGGGCCUUGGGCCACCUGGCUACCUAGUGGGUGCCUGCUUUCUUCCUGCUGCCUCGGGGCCAGGCUUCUGCUCUUCCCCAACCAGCAGCAGAACCAGGGCUGAUGCUCAGGGACUGUCCAUCCCGCCCCCACCUCGACCCCUGAGGCUGGGCUGGAUCAGUCUGCAGUGUGGGGUAAGGACCUAGGAUUCCCCAUCAUCCUCCUGGGCUGGCAGGCUCCUGACCCUUCCAGUACCUGCAGCUGCACCAGCGACCUCUGGAGGAUCCUGGGUUGGUUUGCAUGUCAUUUGCAUAUCAUUUGCAUGCUCCUGCCCACCCAUACUCAGGGCACUAUGGGAAGCCCCAAGGUGACCUUGCUAAGUAGCAAUAAUUUGGGCCAAGUCACCUGCUGCCCCUAGAUACCUCUGAACCCCAGCCCAGGACCCCAGCACAGAGGCAAUAAAGGCAGUGGUCACCUCC